AGGUGCUGGUGCGCACUGGUUCCGCACAGUGCUGCAACCUACAGUUAUCACAUCACUACCGAGAACUCGUCUACUAGACACUUCGCAAUCAUGUCUGACAAACCCAAUCUGGAUGAGGUCACCAGCUUUGACAAGAGCAAGCUGAAGAAGACCGAGACCCAGGAGAAGAACCCACUCCCUUCGAAAGAAACCAUCGAACAGGAGAAGCAGGCAGCGCCGUGAAGACCCUGUGCCUCCAUCAUGCACUGUGCACACUCCCCCCCUACACAUUGCCUUCUUUUUUGUUCACUUCUUUUAGCUGUAUAACUAUAUAACCAAAAUGUAAAAAAAAAACAAAUGGGGAAAAAAUGUGAAAAAGAAAACCUGCCAUCAGUGUCGGGUGGAACUGAAAUCAUGCUCCACCAACAGCCAGAAGACCAAUCAUCCAACCCCCCUCCUUUACCGAACCAGCAGUGAAAGAGAAUGCUUUCAAUCAUCUGAGCACGUAGCUUGGAUCCAUCUGGCUUUCUUGGCAUUGGCUUUCGGCUUGGAGACAGAAGAGGGGCAAAGGACAGUGGGGGCGUGGCCUCAGAAUGUGGACAUUUCCCAUCUAUAAAUUUUUCAUCGACCAAUCGAGGCGUGGCUUUAUGUCAAUGUGACCAGUUCAACAAUUUGUGGGGUUGCAUUUUUUUCUCUUUUUUUUUCUUUCUAUUUUUUUUAAGAAUUUGAGUUUUAGAGCAAGAUGCACAAUAUUUUUUGUAUGUUGUCAACUGUAAACGAUUAACACCUUGUUAGUGCUGCUUCAGGCAAAUGCUUUUUGAUCGAGACAAAUAAGGAAAAGACUGGGAAACACCUAGACUGAGAAACAUUCCUAAGGAACCAGAGGGGUUUUCUAAAUUGAUUGUACCCUGUUUGUAAGUCUGUUUUUUUGGGUUGCUUUUUGUGUUGCGCCCAACCUCGAUUGUCUUGUUGUUUGGAAGCUGUCAUGUCUGGAAAUGAAAAAUUCCUUACGGUUGCUUUCAGCUCUAGAUCAAAUUGUUUUCUUGGGUUCCUGUAACCUCAGCAACCAUGUUAUUUUGCCACAAACCAUUAUCAGUAAUGGAAAAUGGAAGUGUUGUAAUAAAGCCUUUGUUAUCAAAAAA